UAAAGGUGCUUAUAUAAUCAGCAGCUUCUUCCUAACGUUCAAGACAAACCACAGAGCAUGAGACGGGAGCACAGCAACUAACUGCCUAAAGGAUUGUAUAUUUUUUUCUCCCAACUGGAUUAUCACUUUCCCGAAAAACUAUCUAGGAUUCUGUACGUAGAAAUGGUUGGCAUCAAGCCCAAAGAUGUGGCGCCCUCUGCUGCAGUCAAGUUCUUCGGAGCAGGCACGGCGGCCUGCAUUGCUGACCUCAUCACCUUUCCAUUGGAUACCGCAAAAGUCCGACUACAGAUUCAGGGAGAGUCUGAAGGGUCUGGUGCAGUGAAGUAUCGGGGGGUGUUUGGCACCAUCACCACCAUGGUGCGCACAGAGGGGGCCAGGAGCCUUUACAAUGGACUGGUGGCAGGACUCCAGAGGCAGAUGAGCUUUGCCUCCAUCCGAAUCGGCCUUUACGACUCCAUGAAGCAAUUCUACACUCGAGGAACUGAUAGUGCUGGAAUUGUUACCCGUAUCAUGGCGGGUUGCACCACAGGAGCUUUGGCCGUGGCUCUUGCUCAACCAACAGAUGUGGUGAAGGUGCGUUUCCAAGCCCAGGUACGACUGGCUGACGGCGGGAGGAGAUACAACAGCACUCUGGAGGCCUACAGGACGAUUGGCCGAGAUGAGGGAGUACGGGGCCUCUGGAAAGGUUGUUUGCCCAACAUCAGCCGCAAUGCCAUCGUAAACUGCACAGAGCUGGUGACCUAUGACAUGAUCAAAGAGCUCAUCCUGAAUUAUGACCUGAUGACAGACAACUUCCCAUGCCACUUCACUGCUGCCUUCAGUGCAGGCUUCUGCACAACAGUGGUCGCCUCUCCUGUGGACGUGGUCAAAACCCGGUUCAUGAAUUCUGCAAACGGCCAGUACAGGAGUGCCAGCAACUGUGCUCUCACCAUGGUUAGAAAUGAAGGAGCCAAAGCCUUCUAUAAAGGGUUCAUGCCUUCUUUCCUCCGACUGGGGUCGUGGAACAUUGUGAUGUUCGUGACAUAUGAACAAAUCAAAAGAGGUAUGACCUCUCUUCAGGUCUACAGGUCUCUUCAGGCGUGAGUGCACAAUCACAACGGGCCUAGCCUUAAGCCUGCUGCAGAGGUGACCCGGGGUUGGAAAAGGAUUUUAUGAAGACUCGUGGCAGCAAGAUGAACCAUCUUACACUUCCUAAACAAUUGAGAUCUAAGGGCAUCGUUGCAAUGCCACAACGAUUAAGGGGUGAAAAUAUAAAGAGACAAUAUAUGGUUUGUAAUGGAGUGUCUCCAUUAUAAAAUGCCUUUAAUUAUAAUUCCAGAGGGUUAUUGUAUGUUUAAUCUCUUUUCCACCAAAUGUACAUAAGAUACAAAAACCUUGAUCAACUUGCCGCUAACUUUGAAAAUGGAUGUUUACAAGAAUGAUCGGUUAGAUAAUGUGAACAAUGUUAUUGUGUUAUGUUAUUUAUUACUCAGGAAAGGUUUUUACGUGAUGGCAAUAGAAGCUGACCAUUUCUAUGGUACUUAUGUCGCUUUCAGUGUUAUGGUUUACAAUGUUUAUCAUUGUUUGUAUAUGUGAUAAAGGAUUUCUAGUGCAAAUCAAUCUGCUGCUUAUUGUAAAUAGCAUGAUUUUAUUGCUGGUCGAUAAGUCAUUAAUGUGCUGCAAGCAGUGACAAAUGAUGCAAAAACGAAUAAAUGAAGUGCCAUUUUUUUUAUUUGUCUAUUAUUGAAUUUCAUUGUUAGCGAUGUCUGAUCAGUCAAACUUAGAAUACUGUGUGAAUAGAAUUACAAGUUAGGAGACUGGAGGGAAGAAAUGAAUUAGAUUUAGAUUCGAUUGCAGAAAUCAGAGCAUCUGAGACUUUGGUUGAGACUGUAUUGAGUAUUUAUCAUUGUGUUAGAAAUUGUAGUAUGCACCAAAUCAAAGUUAAAGGAGACAACUAAACCGGAUUUAUCUAGCAUGUUGUAAUUUUAAGAUCGGGGCAAGUUCCUCCCCAAACAGCAAGUAAGAUAUAUUGCUUUGAGAUGCUAUUACAAUUAUAUUCAAAUCAAUUGAAAAUAUAAUGAUUUGGGAGAAAACAAUAGACAAAACAUGGCUUCAAAACAUGCCUCUGUCAUGUUGUCAUGCUUCUCCAAGCAGCUCUGUCUAAAUGGCAUUAAGUUGAUGUAUAGCUGCAUCGGACAACAUGUACCACUUAAUUUACAACAUUGCAUAUAUUGUUUUAAAAAAACAAUGCUUUUCAGAGACAAAAGGUCUGAACGGAUACGGAUCAAAUUUAGUAGGCGCUGUCCGAAGUGUUCUUGGAUAAUCAUCAUGACUCAGCAUUUUCUUUCUCUCUGUGCUUCCUGUACGACAUUAUCAUGUGCAGACCUUCACACAGAU